UGUCUAAAUUCCACCACAGGCUUGUUCUAAGCUUAUGCUUUCAAAUUUACUUGUGAUUUAGUCGCUGGAAUCCAAAAUCAUGUUCAGGAAAACGAGUCAGACUUCAGCGUGUUAGCAGGAAAAUGAAACUGAGGAAGUAAACAAGUGGCUCGACAGCGCGAGCUGGUACAGCCCUAUCGCAACAGUGACGUCUCACAGAACAGCCGCGGAAGAAAAGAAAAAAAAAACAGCCUAGCAGCGGUCUCUGAUUGGCGGUGCCAGAAAGCCUCCUCGCACCUGAUUGGCUGUGAGUUGAAACUGUACACUACUGUACAGACAACAACAAUAAACCCGAGGUGAUAUGAGAUCAUCAGACACGCCGCUUCACAAAACAAGAGAGGGUGAGAAAUUAGACGGUGCCACCUGUUAGACAGUCGGCGAAGACGAUCACUUUGACUAGAUGUCGCGUAGGGCGCGGUGUUUUGUUCUUUAUUUUCAUUCCGUGAUGUCAACAUUAGAAAUCGGGAGAGCGUCUUUGGGUGUGAAACUUGCAGAUUAGCUAGACAUGUUAGCUUUUGUUAUCUGGGUGUGUCGCGUGCCAUGAGCAAUCAAUACCUACUGAGACUGAGGAAAGCUCGUUUUAAUUUCGAUAAGGAGGAAUAUACAAAAGUAAUAAACACCAGAAUAGGAAGUGAAGGAGGAGGAACCAUUCUGAAUCACUUCUUCUGGAAUUCAUCAAGAAUUACAGCUUUCACAAUGGACGAGACACCACAAAGCGUAAGAGGAGAUGCCGGUCCUGUGGAUGACAAAGAAUCAAGAUGGUCAGAGACAGUCGAGAAUACUGACUCUCCAAGGGUCGGAGGUCGAGUACGACUCUACUCUGAGUCCCAGGUGCACACGGUGAGCCGCUGGGAAGAUGCCGAGCUCCAGGAUGGAAUUUCAGCUGAAGAGAGCGGAGGAGCUUCAGACGGAGCCCCAUUCCGAGGCCGAUCCCAAUCUGCUCCCGCUGCACUGUGGAAAGCUAAGAAGUAUGGACGACAGCUGAGGAGGAUGAGUGAUGAAUUUGACACCUGGCUGGACAGAGGGGACAUAAGGAGAGUGAGCAGUCCUGGGAAAGUGUCACAGAAGCAACCCAACCGUGGGUGGUUCUCCUUCCUCUGGGGAUCUAGAGAGGAGGAGGAGGGAAGAGAAUAAAAUUUCACACAGCUAAAAUAGAGAGAAAAGUGAAGCAACAAUCAUCAAGAUGAAGGCUGGUCAUGUUUGUCACCAGUAUGGCCUUUUCAUCAAAGUGCUAGGCCAAACUCCUUUUAAAAUUUUUUUUUUUUAAUUCUAUGAAAUUACAGGAGAAAGGUGCUAAACAUUUGACCACUGCAAUACCUAAUGUAAAGAAUUGUUUUUAGAAGAUUUGACAAUCUUAACUGACAAUCUGAUAUUUAUGGACAAUCUCAUACUUACUGAUAAAUUCAACCCCUAAAUAUUUAUUAAUUUGUACCCUUUAAUAUUUGGUAAGAAAUGUGAUAUAUUGUUCUAUGAUGUCU